AAGCAGUGAGUUGACGCGUUAGCAGCCAGGCUAAAGUGGAGAAAGAAAGCUAACUAGCCGUGAGAGUGGAAGUGGCGUUGGCUUAAAAAAAAAAAAAAAUUAAAAAAAAAAACGCUCAUGGAAAAUUAAGUUGUCAACACAGCAGCGGCUAUUCCACUCCGAGAGGACUCGGUGACAAUGUUUCUACGGUGCUAACGUGCGAAACGGAGCUUGUCAAAUGCCAGAGGAGAGCGUUUUUGGAUACUACAUCGCUUGUCCCGUUUCCAAGCGGAAACCAUUUCUGGACAGGAUAGUUUGGGGGGUGGGGGGGCACCGAGAGCUAGCUGGCUAGCCCAAGCGAAUCAUUCCCGGAGACUUAUUGACGCUGUCACCCGGCAGACUCCGACACGAAUGUUUUGUCUGUCAUGAGUCCGGCCGGGUGCUCCCAUGUGAACGGUUAUAAGGUGGACAACUGGAAGCAAAAUCUCCGCGUCAUCUACCAAUGCUUUGUUUGGAGUAGCACUGCUGAAACCAGGAGACGGAAGGUGCUUCAGGGUGAUGCAGGAUGGACGGAGCUGGCCAAGUCCUGUAUCUGUCACAUGUGCGGUGCCCACCUGAACAGACUGCAUUCUUGUCUGUACUGUGUUUUUUUCGGCUGCUUUAGCAAGAAACACAUCCACGAGCACGCCAAAAGCAAGAGGCACAAUUUAGCUAUAGACUUAUUGUACGGCGGAAUAUAUUGUUUUGUGUGUCAAGACUACAUAUACGACAAAGAUAUGGAACAGAUUGCCAAAGAGGAACAGAGGAAAGCCUGGAAAUUACAAGGAAUAGGUGAGAAAUACACCACGUGGGAGCCCACCAAGCGAGAGCUGGAGUUAUUACGACACAAUCCAAAGCGGAGAAAAAUCACUAUGAACUGUACCAUAGGUUUACGAGGGUUAAUAAAUCUGGGCAACACGUGUUUCAUGAACUGCAUCGUGCAAGCCCUCACGCACACGCCGCUGCUGCGGGACUUCUUCCUCUCUGACAGGCACAAGUGCGAGAUGCAAUCCAACUCUUGUCUGGUGUGCGAGAUGUCGCAGCUUUUUCAGGAGUUUUACUCGGGCCACCGUUCGCCUCACAUUCCUUUCCGGUUGCUGCAUCUGGUGUGGACGCACGCACGUCACCUCGCCGGCUACGAGCAGCAGGACGCCCACGAGUUCCUCAUCGCCGCGCUGGAUGUUCUACAUCGGCACUGCAAAGGAGACACCCUGAGAGACAACGACAACGGGAAGAAGGCCAGCAAUCCCAACCACUGUAACUGCAUCAUUGACCAAAUUUUCACCGGGGGACUCCAGUCAGACGUUACCUGUCAGGUUUGCCACGGGGUUUCCACGACGAUAGAUCCUUUCUGGGACAUUAGUUUGGACCUGCCUGGAUCGUCCACGCCCUUCUGGCCCCUCAGUCCAGGAGGUGACAGCGGCACGGUCAACGGGGAAAGCCACCUAUCAGGGUCCACCACGCUCACAGACUGCCUGCGCAGGUUUACGCGACCCGAGCAUCUAGGAAGUAGUGCCAAAAUCAAGUGUGGCAGUUGCCAUAGUUACCAGGAGUCCACCAAACAGCUGACCAUGAAGAAGCUGCCCAUUGUAGCGUGUUUCCAUCUCAAACGGUUCGAGCAUUCUGCCAAACUGCGGCGGAAGAUCACUACGUACGUUUCCUUCCCUCUGGAACUGGACAUGACACCCUUCAUGGCAUCCAGUAAAGAGAGCAGAAUGAAUGGGCAGUAUCAACAAACAGUGGACGUCUUAAAUAAUGACAAUAAGUAUUCCUUGUUCGCGGUGGUCAACCACCAAGGCACGUUAGAGAGCGGUCACUACACCAGCUUCAUCCGCCAGCACAAGGACCAGUGGUUCAAAUGCGACGACGCCAUCAUCACCAAGGCCAGCAUUAAGGAUGUACUUGAUAGCGAAGGGUAUCUCUUAUUCUACCAUAAGCAGUUCCUGGAGUAUGAGUAGUUGUCGUUCCCUCCUACUUCUCCACCACUGACCACGAAGAACCACUGUUGGACAGUUGGCAACACACACACACAUGCACACAAGCCUACCUGAACUACCUGAGUGACUAUUUAAAAAAAUUCAACAGGCUGCACCUCCAAAUGUGGAGGACAAAAAAAAAAGACAGUGUAUGGCGUCAUGCAACCUUUCAAAAAAAAAAAAAAAGCACUGAGCUACUUCUUGGCAUCUACUUGACAAAACGAAUGAAGAGGAAGAGGAGACGUCUCUGGGCACAUCUUAGUACAGUAUUCUGCCCCUUCCCCUCCCACCCCCAAAAAAAGAACUUUUCUCCUAAGGUGCUCUCGUCUCAUCUGACCAAGCAUUUAACUCUGAAGGCCACCAUUAUGCAUCAUGGGAAAGCAGCAAAAAAAACAACAACCUGUAUUAAGAACUUUGCAAGAGCUAUUUUAUGGCUAUUAUAUGGAUCUAUUUUUUAUUUUGAUUAUUAUUUUUUCUUUUUUUACCGGAAGAGCCCAGAGACAUUUGCCCACCGGGCCUGUUGCUAAGGCCAGUGUUACCAUGGAAACGCUUUGGACCGUCAGUGUGCUCCCUCGUUGUUUUCAAAUCUGCUUGAUGGCAGAGACUUUAUUUUCUUUUUUUAAGCACUCAUGGACAUAUUUUCUUUGGUUACUACUUUUCUUUAUUGGUAUUAUUAUUUUUUUUAAAGUUAAUAUUCAAUACACAAGUCAUAUGUCCUGCGCUGUUCCUGUAACUGGAAAUGUCUUUGGACGUAUAUGCUACUUUUAUUCUUGUGGAAUUGUUGGUUAUAUGAUGGUGGUGAUGAUGGUGCUGAUUAAAAGGACGUUCACCUUUUUUUUUUUUUUUUUUGUAAUUGCAGUUAAUGGACCAAAAUGUGGCUUUUAACAGUCACGUGACCGUGAUGCGGACUUCUAACGACUCCUUAGUGGAAGCCCAUCGUGGUUAAUGUUGUGUACCGUGGCCCUAUAAAGCAAAGUGCAUUGCUCAUUCUCGCCCCGAGUCUCACCAGGUGAUAACUUCACCAACGUGUCGCAGUGCAGAGCAGCAAAUAUUGCGCUUCACAUGAAGCGCCUACGCGAGGGUAGGUACAGGGCUGUAAUGAUGGAUUAUACCUUUAAAACAACAUUUCAGAUAAGGCCCAAAGCAAUAUUCAAAUAUAAUAAAGUGAAUUAAUAAUGAUAUCCACGCGGGAUUGUAGUGACACCCACUGGCCUUAUCAAGAAACGCAAGGGGAAAAAAAUCAAGACAUCCCAUUUAUUAUUCUACAUUUCACUCGCACAGUUUUUUGUACGGUAAAGUGAUGCACAUUUUGCUGCUUGUAAUCAGCCUUUUUUUUUUUUUUAUUUACAUUUUAGAAAACUGCGUUUCUAUUAACCCUUUAUUUGACAAUGGGUUCAUAAGACGGUCAUUAGACAAUCAUUAUAACAUGACACUCAUGAGCAUCAAUGAAUGCUUAUGACAGAUGUCAUGAAGUGUCAUCCAGCAAAUUAUGUCAAUUUAAAAAAGUAUGGAAUCACCAGUCUUGCACGAGCACUCACUCAGAUAUUUUAUCAUGUAGAACAAACUCAGAUAAAAAGCUUGAAAAAAUAAUGAAUUUGUUCAAAAGUCUGUCAUAAGACCAUCAUAACUUUGACAUGACACUACCAUGAAUGCUUAUGACAGAUGUUGUUUCGUGUCAUCCGGCAAAUUAUCUCACUUUUGAAUAGAUGUAAAAGAUCCAAGCUGGACAUAAUUGGAGUUACACAAUUUGCCGGAUGACACUAAAUGACAACUAGGGGUGUGACAAAAUAUCGAAAUGGUGACAUAUCGUGAAACUUUGUAUCCCAAAAGGUUAUCGAUAUGCUCCUGCCAAGAAUCGAGAUAUCGUUUUAAAAAGGGGUCAAUGUUUAAAAAAAAAAAAAAAAUUAAAAAAAAAAAAAGGAACCAACAAGUUGUUAUCAAAAUCUUCCACCAUACUACAACCCAUAGCAAAAAGUAUGCAAUCACCAGUCUCGGACGAGCACUCACGCAGACAUUUUAUCAUGUAGAACAAACUCAGAUAAAAAGCUUGACAAAAAAAUAGUUAAAAAGUGCAACUCUUUAGCAUUCAGAAACACGAAAAGAAAUGAAUAAAACAAUAUUGUGGUGGUCAGUAAAUGUUACUUUUAUGGGGCAUGUGCAGGGAAAUAUAUAUGUAAUCACUCCAUUCUGUGGAAAAAAUAUGGAAUCAUGAGAAACAAACAAAGAAAUAACAAUCAAAACACAUCUCUAGUAUUUAGUAGCACCACCUCUGGCUUUUAUGACAGCUUGCAGUCUCUGAGGCAUGGACUUGAUGAGUAUUCUUCAUCAAUUUGGUGCCAACUAUCUUUGAUUGCAGUUGCCAGAUCAUCCUUGCAGGUCGGAGCCUUGCUGUGGACCUUUUUUUUUUUUUUUCAAUUUCCACAACAGGUUUUCAAUAGGGUUGAGUUCUGGGCUAUUUGCAGGCCAUGACAUUGACUGGAUGAGUCUCCAAAGAAUGCUUAAACAGUUUUAUCUCUGUGGCAUGAUGCAUUGUCAUCUUGGAAAAUGACAAACAUAUUUUCAAUUGAAGGGAUAAGAAAGCUGUCUAAAAUUUCAAUGUAAACUUGUGCAUUUAUUGAAGAUUCAACCACAGCCAUCUCCCCACUGCCUUUGCCUGACAUGCAGCCCCAUAUCAUCAAGGACUGAGGGAAUUUUGAUGUUUUCUUUUGGCAGUCAUCUUUGUAAAUCUCAAUGGAACGGCACCAAACCAAAGUUCCAGCAUCAUCCAUCAUCACCAGAUAAUGCUUUUAAUGCAAUCUUCACAAGCCAAAAUACAUGUUAUUGCAGGCAUAAAAAAUUGUUUCUUUGUUUUACACCUCUUAAAAUGUAUUCUACAAAGCAUUAUGUGUUCGUAAUCUGAUUAUUCAAACGAAUUGAUAGAUUAUUUGAUAACCUAAAUAAUCGCUAGCUGCAGCUCUACAAAUAUAAGUGAUCGGGACAUCUCUCUUAAUGAAUCUAUAUGACAGAUGUCAUGAAGUGCCAUCCGGCAAAUUUUGUCACUAACCCUAUAUACAGUGCCCUCCAUAAUUAUUGGAUUUAUAAUAAUGUGUUUUUUAGCUUCUAAUAUUUUUUUUCUAAAUAAUAUGGGACUUUAAUGGAAAAAAGAGAAAAAUCCAACCUUCAAUACAAGUGCAUUU